AGCAGGCAGAGCUGAGCUGAGCUGCAUCCAGUCUCUCAGAACUCCCCCUGGGGGACUCAUGGAGCCGCAUGGGCACCAGUCCUUCCUGCUGCUCCUGACCCUCUGUGCCACAGGGGCCUUCGUCAGCGCCACAGUGCUGUCCGGCCUGCCCACCACAGUGAGUGUGAUGGAGAGUGCAGAACCGGGUACGAUCAUCAUGGAGUUCAACUUGACCUGCCAGAAUGAGAGCAGCGUCCCCACCUCUGCCCCCACCCUGCAGAGCACCCCCCCGACUUCCUUCUUUAACCAACCCACCAUCACCCACCACAUGAACCCAACUGUACACUACAGCGUGCAGAUCACGCUGAGCCCCAGUGCGGCGCUAGACGCUCUGCAGGUCAAUCAGUACACACUGACCCUGGAGGCCACCUGCCCAGGGGAGACGCCUGCCAAUGGCCAGCUCUUCGUCCAGGUCCACACGGUGGAUGGGCCCCCCCAGUGCAUGGCCAGGUUUGCUAGCCAAGUGGGGGAGCUGGUGCAAGUCCCAGAGGAUGUGGCACCCCUGACGCCUAUCUACACUGUGGUCCUGCAGCGGCCGGCUAGUGGGCUGAGGUUCACCAUAGAAGACAAUGACACGCCCCUCACCAUCGACCACAGCGGACAGGUGCUGGCACCUGGAUCAGGCUUCAUCCCAGCCCAUGCCGGCCAGGCGUUCAGGCUGCAGAUCCUGGUGACCGACAGGAGCGGGAGAAACUGCAGUGGGGCCGUGACAGUGAGGGUGCUGCCCGUCCACCACCCCUGCAUCAACUUCACGGUGGAGUGGCGCAGCGUGGCCGUGCUGGAGAAGAGAGGUGCCAUGCAGCUUAUCACGCAGGUCCAGGCCCAGGGGGACAACGUGCGCUAUGAAAUCAUCGCCCCGGCCGCUCACGGGCUCUACACCAUCGAUGCAGUGACUGGCGAGCUCCGCAACACCUACGAACUGGAUCUGCAGCGCUCCCCAGAGCUGGCACACACCCAACUGCUGGUGAGGGCCUACAACAUGCUGCACCCCAGUGACAGCGACACCAUGGGCCUCAACAUCACUGUGCUGUCCACCAACACACUGGCACCCCGCUGCUCCCCUGCAGUCUUCCUGGCUCAGGUAUCUGAGGACACUCCCAUCGGCUGGACUCUCGUGACGCUGACAUGCAUGGACCCAGAGGCCAGGAACAGCUCCCUGUGCUACCAGGUGGAGGGCGACCAGCACUCACGCUACAGCUUCCGCAUGCAGGGCCCCCAGCUGCAGGUCAACGAGACCCUGGACUACGAUUCAGCUGCCAGCGCCCGCUUCCAGUAUGUGGCCACCAUCUUGGUGACAGACAGUGGGCAGCCCCCGCUGAGCACCCGUGUGCCCGUGCUGGUGACGGUGACUCCGAAGAACGAGCAUUCACCUGCUUGCCCAGCCAGCACCAUGUUCAGCGUGCCAGAGGAUGCAGCCUUCGGUGACACAGUGGGCCGGGUGAAUGGCACAGACCUAGACUACCCCUUCAACAACAUUGAGUACAGCAUUGCUGGGGGUGCCGGCACCAGCCCGCCCGCCUUCUACAUCGGCCCACGCACCGGUGAAAUUCAUGUGCUCGGGCCCCUGGACUACGAGAGCAAGCAGGUCUAUAUCCUGACCGUGCAGCUGCGGGAUGUGGCCAAUGAUGCGGACCCACGGCACCAGCGCAGUGUGCUGUGUGACAUCACCAUCCAAGUGCAGGACACCAAUGACCAGCCCCCACGCUGCACGCCCCCCUUUCAGGAGGUCUUCAUCUACUCCACCCGGGACCCCAGCCUGCCCCUUGUGCAGUUGCAGUGCUCUGACGAGGAUAAGAGCACCAUGCUGCCCCUGACCUACACCCUUGUGGGAGGCAACACCAAUGGGCGCUUCCGGCUGGCGGGCAGCACUCUGCUGCACUCCGCUUUUUCCUACUCACCCGACAGUAUUCGUGAGCCCCACACCUUCGAGCUGCUGGUGGAGGUGACGGACAGCCUCAGUACGCCAUGCCACAGCACCACAGCCACACUGGUCGUGCACGUGACGCCCUGGGCCACUACCAUGCCUAGCACCACCACUACACGCACGACCCUGCGGAAGGAGCCGCUAGUUGUCACCCACGCUGAGCGGUUCUGGGCACCCUCGCCCUGGUUCGUGGUGGUGCUGACCGUCUCCAUGGUGUUGCUGCUGGUGGCACUGGCAUGGCUGGCUUGGAAACUCCUGUACAGGCCUGCUCCGGACAAGUCAGCGCAGCCACUCCUACAGGACAGGGCCUCGUUAGACUCACAUGUGGCACAGAACAACGCAGUCCCGGGAGAGCUGGACAAGGAGACCAGCCACGCCAGUGUCCUCAGCCUGCAGGAGCAGUUUGAUGGCCGCGCCCAGGACCCCAUUACAGGUCAGGAUUACCUCUUCAACAGCAGCACCGGAGCACGCCGCUGGGUCUGAGCAGACACCACCCGCCUUGGUCUGAGUGGACACAGCCCCCCUCCCUCUCCCCCACACACUGCUCCCCCACCCUGCACUGGGUCUGAGCGGGCACAGCCCCCCCCCGAGUCUGAGUGGUCACAGCCUCCCCCUCCCGGAGUCCUCCCAGCACAGCUUCUGCGGACAGGCCGUGGCUGGUCCCUAGAAUAGGGCAGGCUGUAUCUUUCUGCUCUGUGCGCUAACCAAGGACCAUCUGCGUGAGGUCCCAGACACCCAAAAAACCCUCCUGCUUGUACCCUCCUGCUGAGUCACCAUAGUGCUGGGGCGCAGUUCUCCCUUUGAGGGUGCAGGUUUCCGUCAGUGCCCAUUGCAGGGGGACUUGCUGUGGGGAGCUCACAGAAGCAGGGGGGAUGGAGGCUGCAUGUGUCAAACCUAGCUGGUGAUGAAGCUAUGUGUCUUACCCUAGGCAGCGAGACAUUAAAGGGGCUGGCACACUGAGGGGUCCUGCCAGGACAGCUCGAGAGCCAGGAGGCAGGGUCCCACCCAACAGAAGUGAAGUCGUCCUGGGGAAGAGGGGUAUCAAGUUAAGCACUGGGUUCACUGGCCAUUUGGGCUCGGCUAAAGGAGAGCAGGGGGUGUAUGGGGCCAGCCAUGUUCCGUGUCAUUCGCUGCACCAAGCAAUGAUUGGGAAAGGGAAAGAGCUGUGUGGGUGCCUCCAAUACGAAGGGCCGUAGCUCAGGCCAGAGGCGCUGAGAAUGGUGUACAAGGGCGGAAUCUGCUGAGGUGCCAGUUGGAUUUUAGCUUUAAAAUCUAACAAACGGACUUUGCCAACUGGAGAAGGGUCCUGCCUCACAAUGCACAGGAUAGCAGCACCUGGCACGAACCAGCCCCUCCGCACCCCUGAGCAAACCAAUGGCUACCACCCACCCGCAACUGUCCUGAGCAAACCACCAGCUGCCAGCCCCCAGCAAAAGUGUCCUGAACCUAACACCAGCCACCAACCCCACCUCCCACCACUCCUCCCCCAAUUGUCCUGAGCAAAACACCAGCCACCACCCCCCGCUACUGCUUUCAGAAAAACACUGGCCGACAAACACCAGCCACCCAAUGGUCCUGAGUAGAACACCAGCUGCCACCCCCACCCCAGCCCUCCAACUGUCCUGAGCAAACCACUGGCUGCUAAGCCCACCAACUGUUCUGAGGAAAACACCAGCCGCCAACCCUCUGCAGCUGUCCUGGCAAACCACUGGCCAACCCCCACAGCCAACUGUCCUGAACCAAACAUCAGCCGCCAACCCCCACUCCUGACUGUCCUUAGCAAAACACUGGCUAUCAGCCCGCACCAAACUGUUCUGAGCAAAACACCAGCCGCUAACGCACCUGUGACAUUGCACUCCAUUAUGUUUAAUGGAAAUAUGCUUAUGAGUGUGAAUAUAAUGUAACUGGAAUUUGCUUUAUGCAACAGGUCUCUUUACGAUGCUUAUAAUCUACUGAGUGUGUUCAUCCUAUUUGUAUGUAUGUAUGUAUCAUUCUUGUAUCGGAAGCUAGAAAUA